ACGGGACACCUUAUCCAAGACCUGGGUCCUCAGGCUGAUCGCCUGUUGAAGGUGGUGGGUAGCGGCACGGAAGAGCUGCUCAUCCAGCUGAGCGACCCGGUGGCCGAUCUGCUGACCGAACUCGGCUUGGUCGGUCUGGCUCAGCCUGUGGGCAGCAUUAUCAAGAGCGCCUCCAGUAUUGGCGAGCUGGUGUCGGACCUAGGCCAGCCCGUUGACAACCUUUGCAUUGUGACGGGAAGGGGUGUCGGCUACCUUUUGAUCGAAUUGGACCAGCCUGUCGCAGGUCUGCUCCGCGGUCUUGGGCUAGACGCGCUCGCUCAGCCUGUUGGGAACCUGUUGAGUGACAUUGGCAGCAGUUUGAAGCGUCGAGAGGAUGUCUCGAACCCGAGCGGCCUGCUCGAGAGAUUGGGACCUAUUGUGGACUGUUUUCUUCGAAUCACCGGUGAGAACACCGAGUUACUAUUGAUCCAACUGAGCAACCCCGUCGCUCAGCUGCUGAAUGGCUUGGGCUUGACUGGUAUUGGGCGCAGUGUGGGCGAGGUGGUCCGGUCGGCCGCGUCGGUUGGUGAGUUGAUCGCUGACUUGGGCCCCGAGGUGGAUUGUCUGCUGACGGUGGUGGGCGAUGACGGUGGCUUCCUGCUGAUCAAGUUGGCUCCCGAUGUUGCGGCGUUGGUCUCGGGUCUGGGGCUGCCGGGGGUGGGAGUGCCCGUGGGCACCAUUACAAAGGACCUGGGCAUAGCUUUGUAG